UUCCAGAAUUUCAAUCUGAAAAUUAAAAAAUAUCAUUCCAUAAAAUUAAUUGAUUUUAUUGAUUUGGUUAUUGCUGGCUGCUAAUUCAUUCGAUUUGUUGAUCAAAUGUUGAGACCAUCAAUAUUAUCAUCAUUUUGUUUACGAUCAUCAUCGGAAGCACUCUCGUCGCAGUAUCGAAGGAAAGCUAUUGUUUAGGAAUUGUAUUUAUAGAACAAAAUUUUCAUUGAAUGAUAUUUAACAUUCAAUUUUGACAGCAUCAUUCGAUAAUUUUUUUUUUCAAUAUUUGAUCUGCUGUUGAUUUUCUAUCAAUUCAUAUUCACAACAGAAAAAAGCAGAAUAUUUUUUGCUGUAGCAGAAUCAAGCUGAGAGCUCAAAAGUAACAAGACAAACAAAAAUCAAAAAACAAAAAACCUGAGGCAGAUAAAAAGAAUGUCUAGUCCGGUAAUCGAAACUGGUAACCGGGACCGUGACCGGAACCGUAGAGAACGAAGCCGUGAAAGCAGACAUCGAUCAUCAUCAAAUCGACAUCAUCGUAGUCGUGAUGAUAGUCGUAAGCGUAGCAGAAGUCGUAGUUAUAGCCGCAGCCGUAGUCGCGAUCGAGAUCGAUCAUAUCAUAGCAGCAGCAGCAGUCAUCGAGGUUCAAAACGAUCAUCUCGUUAUACGGAAUCGGAGAAUAAUGAGUUCAGUACAAAAGGACAAGGCCCUCCUCGUAUUGAGGGUAUGAUUUCGCUCAAAGUUGACAAUAUAACUCAUAGAACCACUGUUAGUCAGUUGAAAAGACUUUUUUCUAGAUAUGGCGAAUUGGGAGAUAUUUAUGUACCGAGAUAUCCUGAUUCAUAUAUGACACGCGGAUUUGCAUUUGUACGUUAUUAUCGUAAACGAGAUGCUGAAGAAGCGAUGCGUAAACUCGAUGGUGAACGUCUUGAUGGCCGAGUACUUAGUAUACAAAUGGCUAAAUAUGCCCGUCCAAAUAGCCGACAACGUAAACGCACUGAAUAUCGUUCUAAACGACGAUCUCGGACCCCCGAUCGGAGGAGACGAAGCCGUAGCCGCAGUUAUGGUCGAAAUAGCAGACGAUAUAGCCGCUCGAAAAGUUCAACACCAUCAAGACAUCGAUCAAGAUCAGUUAGUUCUGCAGAAUCAGAUCGCAGUGAAAAGAUAUCACCACCACGUGCACGUUCGAAUUCAACUAGCGAUGGUGAAGAAAGAAGAAAAAAUGAUGAUCGUAAUAGUUCAAGUGGUGAUGAUCGAAAAUCAUAUGAAAAUCACCGUGAUGGUAAUGAUGAUCGUUAUAAUGGUUCGGAUAAAGAAGGAUCGAAUGAUAAACAUGGCCAACAUCAUGAUUCAGAUGAUCAUAGUCGAGAAUCGAAUGAAGAUUCAAAUGAUGUCCCGAACAAAGACGAUGACGGUGAUGAUAGAAAACGCUCCGAAACGAACAACAAUUAUGAUGAUGAUGAUGAUGAUGCAACCAAUUGAAUCAAAUGAAGAAGCAUUUCAUUUUCCCACCCUCAAAAAAAAAAAAAAAAUUUGCAUCAAUGGCACACUUACACACAAAAUCAUCGUAUUCUUUUUUCUCAUAUUUUAUCAUUCAUUCAUUCAUUCAUUGCUAAUUUUGAGUCUUAAUUUUGAAUCAAUCAU